AUGGUGGCCACUCAGUCUUUUGAAGGAAAAGGAUGUGGAGGACUUUGGUCCAGCAGAGGCAGAGCAGACUUAAUUUACUGUUGCUCAAGGUUUUGCAUCCUUGGAGGCGUCUGCGUCAUGACACGCUUGGUGAUCUCACGGGCUGGUUUUUGUCAAAAACACCAAGUAUUGGGCUGUGCACACAUCGGAGUUUUGGGUGGAAACUAUGUAGCACGGACACUCUGUCAGGCUAACAUGUCGGAAUGUCAGACACACAGACACACCUUGAACACGGCUUGA